AUGCAAGCAGCAGACACAUCAGAGGCCACAACUAUAAAAGUAACAGAAUUGCCCAAUGGCACAGUCAUAGAAACAACAAAAACACCCAAUGCUACAGUCAUAGAAACAACAGAAGCACCCAAUGGUAAAACCAUAGAAACAACAGGAACAUUCAAUGGUAGUCAUAGAAACAACAAAAACAACCAAUGGUACUACCUUAGAAACAACCAAGGAGAGUCCCAGUGCCAGGAAUUGCUUCUCGAAGAUUUGGGAACAGAGGUAACAUCAACAGAAAUAUCAAACGACACAGCAAUAGAACAUUCGGAACCACCAACAGCGACAACAAUACAAACAACUGACACAUCAGAGGUCACAACCGUAAAAGCAACAGAAACAGCCAAUAUUACAAUCAUAGAAACAAAAGAAACAUUCAAUGUCACAGUUAUAGAAACAACAGAAACAUUCAAUAGUACAGCCAUAGAAACAACUGAAAAAUUCAAUGGUACAGUCAUAGAAUCAACAGGUACAGCCAUAGAAACAACAGAAACACCCAAUACUACUGUCAUAGAAACAACAGAGGCAUCCAAUGGAACAGCCAUAGAAACAACAGAAACAUUCAAUGCCACAGUCAUAGAAACAACAGAAACAUCCAAUGACACACUUAUAGAAACAACAGAAACAUCCAAUACUACAGACAUAGAAACAACAGAAACAUUCAAUGCCACAGUCAUAGAAACAACAAAAACAUCCAAUGGCACAAUUAUAGAAACAACAGAAACAUUCAAUGCCACAGUUAUAGAAACAACAGAAACAUCCAAUGGCACAGCCAUAGAAACAACAGAAACAUUCAAUGCCACAGUUAUAGAAACAACAGAAACACCCAAUACUACUAUCAUAAAAACAACAGAGGCAUCCAAUGGAACAGCCAUAGAAACAACAGAAACAUUCAAUGCCACAGUUAUAGAAACAACAGAAACAUCCAAUACUACAGUCAUAGAAACAACAGAAACAUCCAAUGGCACAGCCAUAGAAACAACAGAAACAUCAAUUGGUGCAACCCUAGAAACAACCAAGGUGACAUCGAUAGUUUCAACAGAUUCAUCAAAAGGAGAAUCCUGCCCUUGUGCUUGCGAUUAUUUCGACAAGGUAAACUUUUGGAGUAAUGAAAGCAACCUUCUGCAACAGUUCAAAGACCUGGAGAUAAAGCUCACAGAAAUCAGAAACCAGUUGGUUGUAAACGUCAGAAAUUUAUCUUCCAGUGUCAGGCUUCGGGUCAGUGCUCCGGAUGAGCGGCAAACGUCUGCGGUCAUGGGAACUCUUGGACUCAUUAUUAUGUCCCUUGUCUUUGGAGCAAUUAUAAUAUCAGACUUUCCUAUUUUCUUUCAGCACAUCAGAAGAAUUUUGCGCAAGUUAAAAAAAACAUAA